AUGAAUGCUAUUUCUGCAGUCAAAUCCAAUGUUUGUCAUAAGUGCGACAAGAGCUUUGGGCGGAGAUAUAACCUGCGGAGGCAUAUAGAAAACGUACAUGCUGAGGAGGAAAUUAAAGUGGAGGACCUUGAUGUGGAUAAUUCUGAACCUGAUUUUAAAAAGCGUAGAUUUGAAGAUUCGGAAAUAGAAAACUGUAGAACUGAAUCUACGCAGGAUGAAGACGAAGAUUUCGAUGAAGAUUAUUCAAAAUCCGAAACGGAGGUAAAAGAUGACAAAUUAUCGGAUGAAGAUGAGUUAUUUGAAGAUUCGGAAAUAGAAAACUGCGAAGCUGAAUCUUUGAAGAAUGACGACGAAGAUUUCGAGGAAGGUUAUUCGGAGUCCGAAACGGAGGCAGAAGGAGACGAAUUUUCGGAUAAAGAUGAGUCAUUUGAAGAUUCAGAAAUAGACAACUAUGAAGCCGAAUCUUCGCAGAACGAACGCAAAGAUUUUGAGGAAGGUUAUUCGGAAUUCGAAACGGAGGUAGAAGACGACGAAUUAUCGGAUGAAGAUGAGUCUAGUUCUGAAUUGGAAGACAAUGUCGCCUAUCAGGACUGGUUGGAAGACGCCAAAGACGCCACCGAAGAGAUGUGGAGUGAGAAAUAUGAAAAGUACGUCAACGGGUGUAUGGGUGAAGAUCAAGCCAAUGAAAAAGCAAAUAGGAAGACACUCUGGGCAGUCAAGCGAUGCUUUUUCAACAACUACAAGGAUUUUUUGUCAAGUUACCUACAUUUGAAAGAUAACGAUACUCAUCAAGAAAUUGUUGAAGAUCUGGAAGAAAAAAUAAAUAAAGGCACAGAAGUAAAUACAGCCCUCAACAGGAUUAUGCCUAAACACCAACCCAAAUUUGACGGACUGUUCCAAGAUCUUGAGGAAGACUAG